AUGGACCCCAACGGGGAGUCCCUGGCAGCACGCCACAAUGCCCUUUUCAUUCUGCCCACCCCUCACCACAGUAGCUUACCUCUUAGCUCGGGCCCUGCUUCCCGGACUCCGGAGGGCGGUGGAAAUGGAAAGAAGGCGAAUACUAGGGCGAACCCCUACUAUCCCGGGGAGAAGCCCGGGACCUCGCACUCGGAGCCUGGCCAGGUCCGGAGCCUCACCCCCACCUCCACCUCCACGCGUCCACCCAGCCCUGGAAGCGGCCAAACCUUCAUCCCCGAAGCCCAGCCGCUCCGGGCCCCUCACCCCGAGCCUGAGCUCGAGAGCUCCUCCCCGCGCUCCACCCCCGGCCUCCGCCCCCACUUUCGCCUUUGGAGCCAGGAGCCUCCCAGUUCGGCCAUCCGGGGCCGCCCAUUCGGACUCACCGUGCGGGGCCGGGGGUCUAGGGCCCUCGAGGGCCCGCGAGAGGUGCCCGGGGGCGGGGGCCGCUGCUUUAGUAACAACCCGCGGCGAUCCUACUCCGUCCCAGGACUAUGCCAAUCUGUGGCCAUGCUCGCACCAGCCAGUCACCUCCUGUCCCUGUUGCUGGUGAUGGGCACAGGGGGUACCAUGCCCAGCCCCCAGGUACCUCCCCAGGGCUGCUACAUGGCAGAGGAAGCUGGUGAGCGGACAUUCCGCUGCAGCCAGGCAGGCCUGACUGCUGUGCCCACUGGCAUUCCCAACGACACCCGCAAGCUCUACCUGGAUGCCAACCGGCUGGCAUCGGUGCCAGCUGGCGCCUUCCAGCACCUGCCUGUUCUGGAGGAGCUGGAUCUGUCCCAUAAUGUCCUUGCCCACCUCUCAGGGGCUGCUUUCCAAGGCCUGGUGGGCACACUGCGGCACCUCGACCUCUCUGCCAACCAGCUGGCUUCAGUGCCCGUGGAGGCCUUUGCGGGGCUGCAGAUCCAAGUGAAUCUGUCUGCCAACCCGUGGCGCUGCGACUGUGCCCUCCAGGAGGUCCUCAGGCAGGUGAGGCUGGCACCGGGCACUGGGACAGGCAUCGUGUGUGGCCCUGGAGCCCGACCAGACCUCGUGGGGCAGGAGUUUCUGCUGCUGGCCGGGGAGGAAGAGCUGUGUGGGACGGGGCGGGGCGGGGCCCGGCGGAGCACAGAUGUGGCCCUGCUGGUCACCAUGGGGGGCUGGCUGGCGCUGGUGGUGGCUUAUCUGGCCCACUAUGUGUGGCAGAAUCGGGAUGAGACCCGACGUCCCCUCAAGAGGGCCCCCGUGCUGCCCGUGCGCUCCGAGGACUCCUCCACCCUCAGCACUUUGGUCUGA